CUAAAAUAUUAAAUUUCAGGAACUAACUUUGGGCUUUCUAUUAGCUGGCAUUGGUUAUCAUCGCGAAAAGUUUCGUAGCUACUUAAUGGUGGAUAUUGACACUCCACAGGACGAGCUAGAGAACUUCUUUCUCUCCCUGUAUAGAAAAACGAAUAUGGGCAUCGUCAUGAUAGACCACAACACGACCAAGAGAUUGAAGAACUUGAUUGCGCGUUGCAAUCAAAUGCUGCCGAUUAUAUUGACGGUCCCCACCAAGGCCACUCUACUGGAAUAUCUGGAGAAGAAGGACAAGAAGCGUAGAUUACGCCAACGGGAUGCCUACUAGGACAUAAGUCUAGAAAGGCAGUCUUGUUUUGAAUCUAUUUGACAAAUUCAAAGUAAAUUUUAAGGCAGACUGACUGAAAA